CCCUCCCUUCCAGCCACUCCCACAGACGAGCUCUGUGCUCUCACUCGCCCGUUUAGCUUGAGUUGCUUCAGAUGCUGCAGCUACCGUAGUCGCUCUAUCUCCCCAUAACAGCAGUCAUGGCGACAGAGGUCCAACCGCUCACUCUGGAUCGAGAUGUAGCCAGGGCGAUUGAGCUGCUGGAGAAGCUACAGGAGUCCGGGGACGUCCCGGGUCACAAGCUGCAGUCCCUGAAGUUGGUGUUACAGAGUGAGUUCUGCACAGCUAUUAGAGAGGUGUACCAGUAUAUGCAUGAAACAAUCACAGUCAAUGGCUGUCCGGAGUACCAGGCACGGGCUACAGCGAAGGCCACAGUUGCAGCCUUUGCGGCCAGCGAGGGUCACUCUCACCCCCGAGUGGUGGAGCUGCCCAAGACGGAGGAGGGGCUGGGCUUCAACGUGAUGGGCGGCAAGGAGCAGAACUCUCCCAUCUAUAUCUCCCGCAUCAUCCCAGGGGGCUUGGCUGAGAGGCACGGGGGCCUGAAGCGAGGGGACCAGCUCCUGUCUGUCAAUGGCGUGAGUGUAGAGGGGGAGCACCACGAGAAGGCGGUGGAGCUUCUGAAGGCAGCCAAGGACAGUGUGAAGCUGGUGGUACGCUACACGCCCAAGGUCCUGGAGGAGAUGGAGGCGCGCUUCGAGAAGCUCCGCACGGCCCGCCGCCGCCAGCAGCAGCAGCUCCUCAUGCAGGCUCAGCAGCAGCAGAACCUCACUACCCAGCAGAACCAUAUGUCGCUGUUCCAAAAGAAGAAGAAGUGAAGGACACUGAAAGGAAGGUUCUAAGUCCAUCUCUGUACGGAGGAUCCCGAAGGAACCACCUGGUAGAGGAGAAUAUGAUACUGUUAAGCAGUGAAGACUCUCUCUCCCCCUUCGAUGUACUGCCAACAGAGUGAAGCACAACUGAAAGAUAUGUGUUCUAAAAUGUAAACAAUGGUGCUUGUGACUUGAGAGAUUGGAGGCUAGCACUGAAACUCAUCCUUUUAACUUUUAUUUUGUUUGUGUUCAUUUGAAGUUGUCCUGUAACAGUUGAAAGUUGUAACCCUCCACAAUGCUCCUUGUCAUUUGUGAUAGUUUACUUCUUUCUGUUAUAUAUUUUGAAUUCAUUUCACUUGUUUCCUGACUUUGGUUUUGCUAUAGCUUUGUACAGUGAUAUUUCUAUUUCUAUUGUUUCUUCUGUGGGAGCUUGUCUGUGUGUGAAUGAACAGUGUUUCUUCUGUGGGAGCUUGUCUGUGUGUGAAUGAACAUUGUUUCUUCUGUGGGAGCUUGUCUGUGUGUGAAUGAACAUUGUUUCUUCUGUGGGAGCUUGUCUGUGUGUGAAUGAACAUUGUUUCUUCUGUGGGAGCUUGUCUGUGUGUGAAUGAACAUUGUUUCUUCUGUGGGAGCUUGUCUGUGUGUGAAUGAACAUUGUUUCUUCUGUGGGAGCUUGUCUGUGUGUGAAUGAACAUUGCUUCUUCUGUGGGAGCUUGUCUGUGUGUGAAUGAACAUUGCUUCUUCUGUGGGAGCUUGUCUGUGUGUGAAUGAACAUUGUUUCUUCUGUGGGAGCUUGUCUGUGUGUGAAUGAACAUUGCUUCUUCUGUGGGAGCUUGUCUGUGUGUGAAUGAACAUUGUUUCUUCUGUGGGAGCUUGUCUGUGUGUGAAUGAACAUUGUUUCUUCUGUGGGAGCUUGUCUGUGUGUGAAUGAACAUUGUUUCUUCUGUGCGAGCUUGUCUGUGUGUGAAUGAACAUUGUUUCUUCUGUGGGAGCUUGUCUGUGUGUGAAUGAACAUUGUUUCUUCUGUGGGAGCUUGUCUGUGUGUGAAUGAACAUUGCUUAUUUUGUGUCCAACUUGUCCUGCUUUGGAUAAACGUGAACUCUUUUUUUACCUUAUAUAUAUUGCAGCGAGAAAAUAUUUUGUAUGGAAACUUGUAGAUUUAGCAAUAACAGACUUUCGUUGGUUUUACAUUUCACAUAAAAGUAAUGAUUAGAGAUAUACAGUAUGUGGGAAAGAUACAAAAGUUAACAAUGUAAUACUAGGUCAACUGUAUCUUAUGCACUGUGUGUCAUAAGGCAGCUUCUGCCAUGAAAAUCAAACGGCUGUUAAAAGAGAGGUAUGUAAAGUGGAUGAAUACACAGAGAUAAUUGUAUUCAUACAAUUGGAAGUACAAUUAUCGUGCAAUUUCAUAUCUUGACUUUCAGCUCUCAAGUCAGCCAUUUAAUGAUUGUUAGUCAUCUACUCUUAUCAAAUGAAUAUAUACAGAGAGUAUAUAGAGUAAUCAUAUAAAAUAACAUUUACAUAUAUCAAUAUAAUUUGAACAUUUGAAUCAUUUAUAUGAGGAAUGUCAAACACAUUUAUAUAUAUAUAUUAAUGACCUGGAGGGUUAAUCAAAUGGUGCAAUUGUCUUUAUUUUUAAAUCAAUCUAUUUUAUUGUUUAUAAUCUGAGUUGUGCAUAAAGUAAUUUCAUUAAGGUAUGUGUGUGUUUGUUAACAUGCAGAUGAUUAUUUAAAAUAUUGAAUUGUAUAAGACCUAUAGCCCAGUGUAUAAUUCGUACCAGAAUAGUAUGGUUAAUGGACUCAUUCUCCUGGAUCUGCGUCGUCAACUUUACAUUUUGACAAUCAUUGUGAGUAAGAGACUGUGGAAUGUUCUAGUCGUCUUAUCAAUAAGGGACCUCUGUUAUAAACUCUGUCUUUCAUCCCUCUACCUAUAGUCUGGCGUAGUAUUCUCAUGACAAGUAACCAUAUUUAAGUAUAACAUGUUGCACUGUGGUUUCAUUGAAGCUAUUAGAAAACCAGUUGAUGAUCGACACUGAUCAAAAGGAGUCUUGUAUCUGUAGUGCUGUCAGACAAACAUUACAUUGGAUGGUUUUCCUAGUAGCAAACUCUAGUAUGUAUUUUCUAUAUAGGCCUAGUUCCUUUGUGGGUGGGUAUUGAAGUAGUGCAAGAUCAUUUAACAUCCAUACUGUGUGCAAUGUGCCAUCCUGAUAGUCCAACCAGAUUGGGCUGUGAACGUGUUUUGUCCCUCAACUUUUGAGCAGUUCAUCUUGCCUCUGACAGAUCCCUUUUGUACAUUUACUCAUUCUCUUUCUUAUUGCCGACUUGCAUUUUUUAGGCUGGACGUACUGUACUUCCUGACUGGACGUACUGUACUUCCUGAUUCAACGUACUGUACUUCCUGAUUCGACGUACUGUACUUCCUGAUUCAACAUACUGUACUUCCUGACUGGACGUACUGUACUUCCUGAUUGUACAGAAAAAAAGACAACACCAAGUGAUAUGCAAUUGUUAUACAUAUUAUAUUUGUAUAAAUAAAUAUAUGUGCUUGUGUACAAUGAUGACUUAA